GAAAAAAGAAAAAAAAAAAGAGAGAAAGGGAGACAGAGGGAUGAGCUGGGCAGGAAGGUUUCUGGUGCACCAUAUAACUGUCCCCUUCCAAUUAAAGAAGAGAGCUUAUGUUAUUGAAGAGCAGCUUAGCCAAUCAGGAGGCAGUGCAGGCAAAGACGGGAGGAAAAAGCAGCAGAGCGAGUGGGCAAGAGGAAGGGGGGAAAACUGCAGUGUGUGUGUGAGUGUGUGUAGUUUUUAUCCCUCCCCUGAGCAGAUCUUUAUCAAUUCUGGUACUCCACUAUUGGGGUGCAUUUCAAUGAGUGUCUGUGUGUGUAUAUGUGGCAGAGUUGACAGGAGGACAGAGUAAAAGUGUCUCGGAGCCUGUGGAGAACGGGAAGAGCUUGGUGUCCAGGAAAGAGCGACCUGCACGGAAGGGUUUGUGACUGACAGCGUCCUCACUGUGAUUACCUCCGGCCACUCUUCAGGAUUCAAGGUUUUGGCUGGACCGCGUGUGCAGCCUAAAUGACGAAGUUCAACUUGUUCAGGCACCAGACAGCGCCCAUGGUUGCUGCUAAGCCGACGGGGGCCAAUGCCUUGAGUGUGACUUCAGCCCCCGUCGCCGUCUCCGCCGACAACUCCACCGAGCCCGUCAACGACAACAAUGCCUUCGACGAGAUCAAGAACAAGUUCCUGAACGAGAUCGACAAGAUCCCACUGCCAACCUGGGCCAGCAUUGCCAUCGCCGUGGUUGCCGCUCUACUCAUUCUAACGUGCUGCUUCUGCAUCAUCAAGAAAUGCUGUUGCAAGAAGAAGAAGAACAAGAAGGGCAAGAAGGGGAAGGGUGACAUGGGAAUGAAGAACCUGAAAGGCGGAGAGAAACCACAGGAUGACGAUGAUGAAGAAGACGACAUCGAACCUGGACUGACUGGAGACGAGAAAGAGGAGGAAGUGAAGGAGAAAGAGAAGCUCGGGAAGCUGCAGUACUCUAUUGACUAUGACUUCCAGGAGAACAAGCUGGCUGUGGGGAUCCUGCAAGCUGCUGAUCUCCUCUCUAUGGACAGCGGCGGCACCUCUGACCCGUACGUCAAGGUCUUCGUCCUUCCCGAUAAGAAGAAGAAGUUUGACACCAAGGUUCACAAGAAAACUCUCAAUCCCGUCUUCAACGAGACGUUCUGCUUCAAGAUUCCAUUCCAAGAAAUGGGAGGGAAGACACUUGUGAUGUCCGUCUACGACUUCGAUCGCUUCUCUAAACAUGAUGUCAUCGGUGAGAUUAAAAUACCCAUGAAUACCCUUGACCUGGCUAAGCCAAUAGAGGAGUGGCGAGACCUGGACAGCGCGGAUCAGGAGGAGCCGGAGAAACUGGGUGACAUUUGCAUCUCCCUGCGUUACGUCCCCACUGCCGGAAAACUCACCAUCUGUAUUCUGGAGGCUAAGAACCUGAAGAAAAUGGACGUGGGUGGACUGUCAGAUCCCUAUGUGAAAAUCAACCUGCUGCAGAAUGGAAAGAGGCUGAAGAAGAAGAAAACAACGGUGAAAAAGAACACUUUGAAUCCGUACUACAACGAGUCCUUCAGCUUUGAGAUUCCUCUCGAGCAGAUGCAGAAAAUCCAAGCUGUGAUCACAGUGCUGGAUUAUGACAAGAUUGGCAAGAACGACGCCAUCGGCAAGAUCUGGGUGGGAAGUAAGUCCACGGGUGCCGGGCUCAAACACUGGUCCGACAUGCUGGCCAACCCCCGCCGUCCCAUUGCCCAGUGGCAUCCACUGCAGCCAGAGGAGGAGGUGGAUGCUUCCCUCGCGGCCCUGAAUGCCAAGAAGUAAACUCCCACCAGAACACAUCGUCCCCACCUGCACCCACCGACCCAUGCAUUUCCCAUUCAGAUCCCACAUGUCAGUGUAUAUCCCCUCCCCCCCCUCCCGACCCUUCCACCCUCCUCCUUUUUCCCACUGCCACCUUUAAAAAGAUAAAUUGAAAUCAUCUGACAUGAUGGGGAGAUAUAGUUACAAAAAAAAAGAAGAAAAAAAAUCAUCAUGUUAUAUUUAAUCAUGCCAUUGAAAAAAAGAAGAUGAAUUACAGGAUGGACAGAGACUCCGUUGAUUUCCUUUAGAUCUAUUUUUGUAUUGGGGUUGUGGUUCCAUUAAUAAGAAUACAGACUAGACUGUAAAGAAUAGUUAGAGUGCUAUACGGGAAUCUGGCGAUAAAGGGGAUAAAACAUACAGCCACUCAUAUUGUACUCACUCUUUCCCUUUAGUGACACAGUUUGCUUAGAAUAGCGCUUAAUAAUAAAAUGCUUUAUACUGCCAUAGGACAGAGAAAUAACACAAGCAGGUCCAUUCCUUAGGUGUAUCGUGCACCAUGUUUCACACCUGCCAGUUGUAUCAUACUAGAUGAUUCCUGUUAGUUUGAAGUACAUUCCUAGAGUUGGGUAGCGAGUAGGGAUAAGCACAUAUCCAGUUACCCACAGACACACUGCCGUUUUGAUUAGUUAACCCUCCACCCUUCGUCUCAGGAAAACUGAGAGGAAACUGAAGCUCCAUGCCUUUUUUUCUAAACGGGUUGCUGUUAUUCAAAUACUCCACUUGCCGAGAACGAAAUCACGCUUGACCGCUUGUUGUUGUUGUUGUUGUUGUUGUUGUUGUUCUUUUUCCGUCGGUGACGUAAGGCUCACGACUAGUGUUAAUCUUAUCCAUGAAAUGGAAAAUCAAGGGGGAGAGCGGGGAAGUGAUGGAUUUUUCGGUCCAAAAGAAAAAAAGGUGUGUGUGAGUGUGUGUGUUAUGUGUGUGUGUGUGUGUUACGUGUGUCGACUGCACAAAAAAAGGCUGCGUCUGUCAUCCGAACGGCAAAGAGCGAAAAAAAGGUAUCAGAGCGAGGAACAGCACAGACUGAUUCCAAACACCAAUGACAUGAUGUUAACCAUGUGUCAAUUACUGCCUGCAGUCCACCACCUCCUCCUCCUCCUCCUCCCCUCCCCCCAACGCCUCUGAAUCUGUAUCUCACUUGUUCAGUGCUACUGCCAUUCGUCAUGGACUUGACACAAGGGUUUUACUUCAAAGGAAUCCCUAUAACCGUCUUACAGUCAUAAAGGAGACAAGCCUUCCAAGUAACAAAAUAAGCAAUUUUCAACUACCAGGGACGCCUUCCAGUUAGCGGUGUUGUUCUCUUCAUUUCAUUCAAGUUUUCAUUUCCUCCUUGUUUUUCCUUCUAUUGAUCCUGUUGUGUUUUUUAUUUCGUUCUACUUUUAUUCCUUAAGCACUUUAAAUCCAACUGUUUUAUUUGUGUGCCCUCACAAACAAGAGCUUUAAUUAUUUAUUUAAGUUAAGAAUAAGUGGCUUACAGCCUAUUUUUGGGGGGGAGAAUAAGGAGCAAGGGAUUAUUACAUUAUAUCGUCAUUUCCGUUUAUUUUGUUUUUCCUCAGCUUUUCAUGUAAAUGUCUGGAUGUUUACGUUUCCCGACUGAUUGAAAGGAAAUGGUCUGGAAGAAGGCACCGAUCCGUGUGUAUUUUAUACACAGCCUACCAAACUGUUGAAUUUAUUUGCACUACUGGGUAUUAUUCUGUUCCGUGGUUGUGUACAAAUGUUGUGAGAUUUAUUUAUUUAUUUUUGCUGUGGCACAUGUGGCACACCAGGUCUCCUCCUCCUAUAAAUACGGGCUCAACUGAUUAAGACCCAAUUCCAGCCUGGUGCUGCUGCUGCUGCUGCUGCUGCUCCCUGGCCCAUUCACAGAAUGUAAUCUUUUGUGUUUUUGUAAAGGAAUAAUUUAAGAUUGAACUGACAAAUGCCACACUGUUAUUUGAAACAAACCUCACACACCCUUGAAUAAAUUAGUGGAAGCUUAAAUGUUAAUCUGCGUCCUCUAGUAGCCAGGUGAUAAGACUCCACUUGUGCUUAAUUAAAGUCAAGUCUGUGUCUGAUUGAGCAAAUUAAAAAAAAUAACUACCUGUUGACUGUGUAUAAAAUAACACAAUUUGUCAAUGUAAAUCAAAACGUAGUCAACAUUUUGGACAAUUGUUGGCUCUUAUGUUUAGGUUUUUAAUAAUCAAACACAGACCAUGAUCACAUUUUGUAUUUUUCACGUCACGUUAUCUUUAUGUUUUUUUUUCUUCUGUUGAUGAAGCAACACUAAAGAAAAGGCAACACGGAAGCAAUCAAGCAAACCCAUUGGUCUGUAGUUUUGCCAAUAAUAUAUAGUUCAUACACGUUGAUACUGCAUGUUUAUACAAAAUACUGUACAUAAGAGCAUGUUUUAGAGACAAAGCAAAAAUAUCUCGUGUACGUAAAUGGGUGUCAUUUGUCAUUUUAAUAACACGGCGAAAGGGAGAAGAAGAGAAAAAAAAGAUGCACUGUAUAUUUUUUAAAUGAAACAAAAUGUGUGUUUAUUUUCCAUGAGGGUCAUUGGAGAGAAUGUCAUACAGUACAAAUAUUACAGUACUUAUUACGUAAUAAGAACCUUUCCACGCCUGAGAUUCUUAAGCAAAGUGUGUCGUCCAGUACUGUGUGUGAGUUCAUGUAGGAUGAAAAUGUAGCCGCAUGCUUGCUAUCUAAUUCCUUGUGAUCAAAGUUUGGGUUUUUUUUCUGUUCGAUGCCAUUUAUUCACCAUGCGUUUUUGUUUCAACACUUAUCCAACGGACUUAUUUUGAAGAUUUGAUGCUCUUGCUUUUUUUUGUUCACUAUGUUUUUUAGUCUUUCAUGUUUGGUAUAUUGGGGCGUCGGGUCUCCAAGUCUGUAAGACCAGACGAUUUUCUAACACAUUCGGCACAGUGUCAUGAGAAGAAGAUUGAAUAAUUCUGCAGGUAUCUGUAGGUAGAUUGAAGGAGUCGUUAUGUGUGCCAGUACAGACCCAGAAUAAAGUCUGCUGGAUCCUAUCUUUAUAUAAUCUCAUCCCAGUGAACACAAAUGACUUGGAAUCCCUUCUUCUCUCUCUCUUUAAUUUCUUCUAUUUAAAUGACCUGAAACCCUUCAUGGCUGUCUCUUUUACUGUGUUUAUUAUAGAAUAAUGUGUAUGUAUAUACAAUAUAAAUGAAUAAGAUAAAACUAAAGCCAUAAAACUCAAGCACUAACUCUUUAGAGCUCAGCUGAGUAGCUGGAGUUUAUUAAUGAAGAAGAAGAAGAAAAAAAAAUCGGAUGUCUUCAUUUUCCUUGGCCAGUGUUUCUCUUUUACAUUCCGCUCAGAGGUCUUUGUUCAUCAAGAGGGCAAAAUCCAUUUUACUGUAUAUGUGUGAGCAGUGGGAGCAGUUGUGACUUUAGUAGAGUGAGUGUGUGUUUUUCUACUUUCAGAGCUGUUGAUGUCCUUGUUUCAUAGAGGUAGCUGAAUUUACAGUAUCGUGAUUAGUAAUGUAUCUGCCUCGUUUUGAUAGUAUAAAUAUACAAUCUCAUCACAAGUUCUCACAUAAACUGCUGAAUCUAUAUAGUACAUACAUAUAUAUAUAUGUAUGUAUGUAUAUAUAUAACCUAUAUGUAAGAGUGUGCUCUAUUCUUGGGCUGAGUGCAAUUUAUGAACCGAACUGAGUCUGAGUUUCUCUUCCACACGUACAAUGAAUAAUAUCUGCUGCUUAUGCUGGUUGUUCGUUUUCUUGAAAACUACGAGCAGCAAUAAUGCUAUUUGAGUUCCAGCAACAUAAAAGUGACGAGAGAGAGAAACUGUCGCUCACGUUUUAGGUCCAAAUCCCUCCCAUAGAACUAUGCAUAAAGUAAUAGAAUAUAAUGAAAACAAAAUCUUAUAUAAGUAUAUAAAAUGAAAAAUGUGAUGCACCUUACAUGGGAUAUAAAGAAUACCAGUAAUAGAAAAUGAAGAGAAAUUAUAAUGAGAACACCGAUUUCACUUUUGUUCAUUAAAUUACUAGUUGGAGCGAGGAGAUAUUAGCUUAGCUUAGUUUAGCUUAGCGUACACUGAAAACUAGCGUCUCCUCAUAGCCUCAUGGUGAUUAAAAAUAAAGAAGCCUUUUCUUCACAUAAAAUAAUCUACUUUAAACUACAGUAUCAUAUUAACAGAUUAACAGAAUGACAUACUCUACGUUAAUUGUCUUUUUCACUUUUUCCAGCCGACAUGCUAAACUAAGCUAACUGUGUCGUGUGUCUAAUCAUCUAAUUUGGCAAGAGAGUGAAUGUACAUGUUGAACUAGCCUGGCUCUUUACGCAGCAGCCAUGUUGACACGCACAGGUGUUACUGAUCACGCUAACGAUGGCUCUGCUCACUUCUUUUAAGUCAGGACAGUGAACCAGCAUAAACCUUUAAUCCGCGGACGAUCUGGAGCUAUAUAAGCUGUCAUUCCUGUGAUUAGUUACACUUUUUAUUUUCCUAAUGUGGUUUUGUCAACUCCCCGUGUGUGCACAGGUGGUCUCCGGUUUCCUCCCAAAGUCCAAGAACAUGCAGAUUUGGGAAUUAGGCUAAUUGUGAGAGUGGAUGGUUGGUUUGUCUCUCCCUGUGAUGGACUGGUGACCCGUCCAGGGUGUACUACAGCCUUUCACCCUAUGUCAGCUGGGAUUGGCACCAGCGCCCCCCUCAUGUGGAGGGAAAAGCGGUAGAAGAUGAGUGAGUGAGUGAGUGAGUGAGCGAGUGAGGGUUAUUGUCAAAAUGGCUGCUGUGCAGAGCGCCCGUCGCAUUUCCUUCAGUUUACCUCAAUAUCUGACUUUUUUUUGUUUUCCGCAGUAAGCUGCCAUGUCUCUGUGCUUACGACAACCCUCAGUCAGUGUGUCUCUCUGAUAACACACAUUAUCUAAUGCAAUAUUAUACUACACUGUCCCAUUAUAAUGCCACUAACUGUGACCAAAUGAUGCACUGAGUGUGAUUUCAAGAUCUCAAUGUGUUUCAGAAAUACUGCCAGUACCUGAUUACACUUGCCUGCAUUUGUCGCCACUGUUCAAAUCCACGUGAACAGGACACAUCAGAUGCUGAGGCAAAUGUGAAUACAGGUCAAUUUAUAGCACACUUUAGAUUUUAGAUUUUUUUUUUUUAUUUCCUUUCACUGCUCACUACAGUCACAUGACCGCUGGAUAUCUUAAGUUUUAUGGGGGACAGAGACUGGGAGUUGUGUGUGUGUGUGUGCACGUGUGUGUAGAUGUGUGGGGGCUGUUUAGCAGACAUGGUGCAAAAACACUGGGAUAUGUAAUUACCAUAUACAGUACAGGUCUGCAUGCGUUGGUAACAUUGCUCAUUCCUAAAUGUACAUCUUUGUGUGUAAGACUUCAGUCAAACAACCUUAGUUUUGUAUUAAAUCUGUGGGUUUGUCUGCUUUGUUGUGUAGAUUUUACAACUCCAUGAUGCACAACUGCCACUGAAACUGCGCCGUUUCAGCUGUGCAAAGACAGCUGGAGAGCACCAUUCACGCGUUCUCCUUUUGUUUUGUUGUAAACAAACGCUGGGAUUUAAAAAGGGAAAACAUCCAAAGUUUCCGUAGAUCAUUUGCCGCCUUGUCAAAAUGUGUCGUGACACCACUUUGAAACGCGAUGUCUUGUCUCCUCUAUUACUCGCUGUACUUCUUCUGUAUUAUUGUGCGUAUGUGUAUCGCUUAUGUCUAUUCAUUUAUUUUUUGGGGGUUUUGUGACGUAGAUUGUAGGGCCGUAUUUGAGUCAAUGCCACAAAGACACAUAUCACUAUGCUCUUCCAGAUUUGCUCUUUUGUUUUGUGUCUUUCUGUGUCUCUCGUUUAUGUCCCAUCAGUGUUGUUGUGCUGAACAGGAAGCACCGGGUUCACCACUGAACCUGCUCUUUCUGAGUGUUAAGAACGCCGGGCUUCACGCUUACAUCAUGGACAUACUGUAUACUGCCAAACAUGCAGGACCGUACCGAACUCCCCUCUUGAGCGCUUAGUCCUCCACUUCAUCCCUGAUGCAACUUUGUUCUUAAGACUCAUUUGAUUUUGAUUUUUUUUCCUCCUCCUCCUCCUCUCUCUCUCUUCUUCAUCAUCUUUUAAAGCAUCGGAGGACAGCCAGGUUGUGUCCUCUAGCUGUGUUUCUUCGUGUCUAGUGUCGUGGUGCGCGUGUUCAUGUCAGUACUUGUGCCUACUGUGGAUCGCAUGCUUUAGCCCUUGACUGGACACAAACGUUGCUCACAAACUCCUCUUGACCCUUACGUGGACAAACGUUGCGGAUCCUUAUAAAGUAAUCAAGGGAACCAAAUAACUUAAUACAAAUUUAUCAUAUGUGUUAACAGUUCUGUAAAAAAAAAAAAAAUACAAAUAGGAAAUAAAGGCCUUUUAACUA